CGGUCAGUUCUCAGUAGCUGAUUCGCUCGCUACAGGGUGUGUUCGUCAGUGUGCUCGGCGCGGGUGAAUCGAAUCAAUAGUGGAACCCUUCUUGUGCGUAUCUCAUAUCUCGUCGGAAUUGAACAGUUUGUGAAUCCUCAACAUGUGACACAUUCUGGAUAAUUUACCGUCUGGGCAUGUCUGCCGACAGUCUGGUGCCGGUGGACCGGGGCGUAGAGUCGUCUCCUCCCCCCCUGCCAGGGGCUCCGGGGGUGGUGCCUACGUACCCUCAGCGCUGCCAUGCCAUCGACUACAACUACGACCUCAUCCCUGCCGUCAUCUGUGCCAUGUACAUCGUCUUUGGCAUCGUCUACAGCCUCUUUGGUUACCGAUGCUUCAAGGCUGUGAUGUUCCUAACAGGGUUCAUCUUCGGCUCAGUGAUCAUCUACAUGAUCUGCAUACAGGACAAACUCUUGCCCCCUUACGCUAAUGCAGGCAUGGCGCUGAGUGCGGGUCUACUACUAGGCCUGAUCACAAUGCUCGUCCAGUACGUCGGACUGUUCAUGACUGGGUUCCACACAGGGUUGUUUGUAGCCAUUGCAUCUCUAGUGACCACAGAGCAAGUGUCUCACCCCCCCACCCUCCUCACCACGGCUGGCACCAUGCUGGGCUGUGGUGUGCUGUUUGCCGUCCUCAACCUGCAGUGGCCCAAAGCAUUCACAGUGCUGGGCACCAGUGUCUACGGUGGAGCCAUUCUCUCAGGAGCCUUGGACUACUUCAUAGAGAAGCUGAUGAUGGUGCGGUGGGUCUGGGACCGCAUCACUCUACGCCAGUCUCCUGCCCAGCCAUGCUGGUUCAGCUGGGCAGUGCUAGGCCUUUGGCCGAGUGUGGUCGUGUUCGGACUCAUCGUCCAGUUCGCAAUCACUGGACGUGGUAUUCACCAUCAACAGCUAUUGCCUGUGAAGCAUCCCAAUCGCCACGGCAACGUCCCUAAGCCGCGUACGCGAGAACAGAGGGCGGAGCUACGACAGAAGAAGUACCGAUACUUGUAUCAAGUACGGACUGCUCAUGGCGAUGUCAUAAGUCAGAAUUACGUCCAGGCUUUGCAGCGUAAGGUGAUCGGCGGCGGCGGAGGAGUGGGGGAAAGCUCUACAUUACAGUCCGACGCAACACAUCUGACGAUCCUGCCCGACGCAACGACUGCGCACUUCGACGACGAUAUACAGCUCGACCCGAGACUCCAUUAUCGAUAGUACGGCCGUUAGCAACGCCCUCUGAUGGUGAACUAUCCACGUCCACAGCGAAACCGAGAGCUUCAGUUAACAUGUUAGGCAGCCUGAAUAUUAAGGGAUAUUUAGCUUAAAUAUAUUGUGUAAAACAGAUUAUACAGAAAUUAUUGCAAAAUUGUAUUGGAGGGAUGGAUUGAUACAUUUGUUUACCAUAAGGGUGAAUUUAUGUCACUGCUACACCAUAAUCUUUUACAUGCUUUAGCAAAGCAAUUUUAAACGAGAACUAACUAUAAGUACUUCUGGUAUGGUAUUAUAAUCUUCAGACUUGCUUUGUAUUUUGGUAAAUCAUUAAAAUAACUGUAAAGUUUGUUUACAGAAAUGUGAAAUUCAUAAAACGCAAAAGAUGAUAUGUUUCUAAAAAAAUUGUAAAUUAUUACAACGCAGAAAUUUUUCACCAUUAUAUCUAGCAGGAUCUUAAUUAUACAUGAUGUGUAUUAUAUAUUCCCAUGGUUUAUUGUGAUAUAUCGGACAGUGUACUGUGUUGAUUUUGUUUGAUGUACAUAAAAUGUGUCCAUUUGUUAGGUUAGUUUUGUAUUAUGUAAAUUAUUAUCAAAUCAUUUAUGCUUUGCUGUAACUCGUGCUUUGUAUAGAUAUAAAAAUUAUCAUAUUUAAAGAGAGUAAUUUCAGUUAUAAAUAUUAUGGAACUGAAUAAACAGGAAAAAUUGAUUAAAAUUCAUACAAGUUUUUAACAUUUUAUUAGUAGAAGUCAGACAAAUGGUCUUUGAAAAAUAUAAUAAAAAAAUAGAAAAAAGAAAAAUAGUAAGUUAACAUCACUUUUGGGGAAAUCUGUAGCAUAAUGAACAAAUCACUACAAAUUGUAAUUUCUAACACAAAUACACGGGUUUGAUAAAACUUUUAUUGUAGCAUGCAUAUUUUUGGCUGUGUUAGUAUUAUUGUAAAUUACCUUUGAACUUAGUAAUGUUAGAAGCAGGUUAGUGAAUACAUAAUGUUAAGCUCACUUCGAGUUAUUCUGUUGUGAAUAACUAUCUCAAUUUUGUAUUAGUUGCAGGCCAUGUCAAAUCUUGUAUUUAUUGUACAAAGCUGAACUGUAUAAAAAGAAGUAGUUGUAAAUCCUAGAAUGAUUUUUCUGUUCUUAAGUGAAAAGCUCCUAUACAGAAAGCCUACUGUGUGAUUAAAUAGGGUUUGUAGAGACAGACAUGUCUACAAAUAGUAAAAACAAAACAAGAUUUAAUUUCCUAUUGAAAUAGAGCUAAACAACAUCCUAUUAGUUUUAAAUUGUGACAACUUGUAUAAUUUUAAGUGUUGAUUUUAUGUAUGAAAUUAGUUUUAAGCAAAGGACUUGUGUUAUUAAAACGUUUUGUUUGCACAAAUUAAACAUAUUUUUUUAUUUGUGAAGAAAAAGCACACACAACUCAUUGCGUAUUGAUCAUAAUUUUGUAGAUUUGUACAUUUUGAAAGGUGCUCUAUUGAUGUGAUUUCUAUGGCCAAUGUUAUUGCAUUUUUUCAUUAAAUUAUAUAU